AUGGUACUUUCUUCUUGCUCUAUCACUUGGAUUUCACCCAGCUUGUCCCCAAAGCUAAACUUGCCACAUUCAAACUAUUUGCCUCGCAAUACUGCAACUUCAUCUCCCAACAACACUGUCUUCUGUGCAUUGGAGACAACCUACAGUGGAGAAAGCCACUGCCAGAGAAGACCCCUAUUGAUGGGAAUUGGAGCUUUGACUGCAAAUUUACAACUGACAAAUUCGGUCUUUGCUCAAGAAAAACUAGACAGAUACCAAGCUUUUGUGGACUAUGAAGAUGGGUAUUCUUACGUAUAUCCUAGAGAUUGGAAGGAAUUUGACUUCAUGGCUCAUGAUUCUGCAUUCAAAGACAGAUACCUACAGUUACAGAAUGUAAGGGUGAGAUUUAUACCAACUGAGAAGAAAGACAUCCGAGAUUUAGGUCCUUUGGAAGAGGUUGUAUACUAUUUGGUGAACCAUAGAUAUGCUACACCAAACCAAAGAUCAACAAUAUAUGACAUGCAGGAGCGAACCAUAGAUGGAAAACAUUACUAUACCUUUGAAUACAUACUUACAUCACCAAACUACUCUAGUGGCUCCUUUACAACAAUUGCUAUAGGAAAUGGAAGGUACUACACGUUAAUUGUGGGAGCCAAUGAAAGGCGAUGGAAAAGAGUACGAGAUCAGCUUAAAGUGGUAGCAGAUUCCUUUAGGCUUCUUGACAUCUGA